CUUUACCACGCCACACAAGGUUACGAAACCGACGCCAUUUUGGCUCAACUGUGCGUCGUUAGCGUGCGAAUUUCACACUCCCCCAGCAUAUCAUUGAGCCAAAAUGUCCCUCCCUUGCGACAGCUCGUAGUAACCUUCUCCAUUAAACCUUCGGGGGAGGGAUAUACAAGAGCUGUCGCACAAACUACUUCUUCCUUCACUUCUGUGGAGCACUGGACAAUGGCCUAGCUGUGACUGGAGAUAUCCUGCAGAUGACAAAAACAUUGUCGCUUGCUUACAUGACACAAAGUAUGUUGGAUUUUUCCCGCGGAGUUUCAUGGCUGAAUCGUGCGUGAAGAUGAUGAUGAUGAUGAUGAUGGGGAUUCCACCGAUUUGCCUGUCCAAUGUGUGUGAAACUGGAUGAGACAAGGGCUCUGUCAGGAGCCUUUGUCUAGAUAAACCUGCAGUUACUGAAGAGGACCUCUGGGAAGGUUCACUUGGCAGGGUGGAGUUUUUUUGACCCAUGGAGAAUUACUUUCAGACUGAGGCCUUUAACUUGGACAAGGUGCUGGAUGAGUUUGAACAGAACGAAGAUGAAACGGACACGCCGACUCUCUCUGAUGCCAAGUGGACCCAGAUUCUCGCCCCGCCAUCACACCUCCUUUCCCUAAAUCCAGCACUGACAAACUCCGAUCUCAGCCCAAGGGACAGUCCUCUCAGCUUCAAACCGCUUCUAGAUGCCCAGACAUCAGAUGGCCCCUCUUUGGCUGAGGUCACCAGAUUAGAUGGGAAACAGGGGGUGGGGCAUCAGCCAGAGGGCAGGAGUGAAGAACGGCCAGCAGAUGUCCACAGUCCUCCUCUGCCUCAGCCCAACAUUGGCAAGCUGGUGAGCACUGAUGGGCAGUUCUCAGACUUGCCAUCGUCCAACAGAGUGGUGCUGGAAAACGGUUAUCCAUCUAAUCCUGAUCUUAGGGAUCGCACUGACGUUCUUCCAGUCAACGAAGAUGAGACAUGUCAAACUGUUAUGGAUGAGCAAAGUGUUAAGGACCCUGGUCCCCGAGAGUUUAAAACUGAACAGAAUGGUACUGAUGAGGGAAGUGGUGGUGGUCUUCAAGCUUUCACUGUUCUCGAGGAAGAGUGUGGGAAUGGGCCACCAGUUUUGAAUAUUGAUGUUAAGAUAGAGGGAACCCAGUCUGACAGUGGUUCACCUGUCCGUGAGGUCGGAAUGAGCGACUGCAAUCUGGUAUUUCCAGAAGGAAGUAAUCCCCAGAAAGGGGAACUGGAUUGUGAGAGGGAGAAUUGUGAGGGUGCCUUUCAAAAUGGCGGACUGGUUGAGAAUGAAAUUGCAGGGAAAGACACCUGGGCAUCAAAUCAGGAAGAGAAAGAGAAAACGAUAGAGAGUGACCACGAGGGAAUGCACAGAGACUCUGAAUCAUCAAGGGCGGAGAGGUCCCUUUCCAAUGGUCUGAUUGUGGAUCAUGGUGGAGAUGCGCAAAGCCAGUCAGUGGUCCCUUCAAAGGAGGACUCUGUGAUGGAGGAAAAAGAAAUGGAGGAAAGCAAACUAGAGUGUUGUGAUUCAGUUCGAGGACUGGAAUCUGGCAGAAUGGGCAAACUCAACAACAGCCGGCUGCAGCCUGUCAGCGUUCCCUAUGGUGGUGCCCGCCCAAAACAGCCUGUCAGUCUGAAGCUGCAGAUUCCCCAGCCUUUCUCAAGCCAAGUCCAGAAUGAAUUUGGCUCCACUGGCAAGAACAAGAACCUGGAGCCACAGAGUAGGACAGGAGGCCUUGAGGCGUCUUGUGGAGCAACUGAGUCUGGGGUUGUUCGAAUGAAUGGCGAGAAUGGAGAUAGCUUUUCUGGCUUACUCAUCCCUUUUGAGAGUCCAGACAAUGACCUUCAGGCAGGACAGCAAUUGAAGAAACCCUUCAACUCUUUGGGGGAAGUGGCUCCUGUUUGGGUUCCUGACUCCCAAGCACCCAUUUGCAUGAAGUGUGAGGUCAAGUUCACCUUUACUAAAAGAAGGCAUCACUGUCGGGCUUGUGGCAAGGUGUUCUGUGCUGCUUGUUGUAGUCUGAAAAGCAGGCUGAUGUACAUGGACAGGAAAGAAGCGAGGGUUUGUGUUACCUGCCAUCGUGCACUUAUGAAUGUGCAAACAUGGGAGAACAUGGGAGGAGGUUGCAACCAGAGCCCAAAUCCCAACAACCCAGCUGAGUACUGCUCCACUAUUCCCCCUCUGCAACAAGCCCAGGCAUCAGGAGCACUCAGCUCCCCACCCCCAACCGUAAUGGUGCCCGUUGGUGUCCUGAAACAGCCAGGAUCUGAAGGCUCUGUUCCUCGAGAGCAAAGAAGGGUUUGGUUUGCUGACGGCAUUUUACCCAAUGGAGAAGCUACAGACUCUUCUAAAGGGCCGGUGGCAAACCCCAACCCCACACAGCCUGUGGCAGCGUCCCAGUACUCAAACAAAUCCUCAGGAGCCAAUGCUUCUGAGGCGGCCUUUGCCACUGGAGCCGUGACGGUCAGCCCUGUGGGCAGCUCUCUCAGUCUGAUCCCAGAGGACGGACUUCCUCCCAUCCUCAUCUCCACAGGCGUCAAAGGAGGUACGGGAGGCCACAUCACAGACUAUGGUGUGGAGGAAAGACCUUCAGAGAUUGUGCUGAUGCAGCAGCUUGAGGAGGGCGGCCCUGAUCCCCUGGUGUUUGUCCUCAACGCCAACCUGCUGGCCAUGGUCAAACUGGUCAAUUAUGUAAAUAGGAAGUGCUGGUAUAUGACAACAAAGGGUAUGCAUGCCGUGGGCCAGGCAGAGGUUGUAGUGCUCCUACAGUGCCUUCCUGAUGAGAAAACCAUUCCCACGGACGUCUUCAGCCACUUCGUCCAGCUGUACCAGGAGGCUCUCACAGGAAAUGUGUUAAGUCACUUGGGCCACUCCUUCUUCACUCAGAGCUUCCUGGGCAGCAAGGAACACGGCGGCUUCCUCUACAUCAGCCCCACCUUCCAGACCCUGCAGGACCUGCCUUUGCCUAACCCACCCUACCUCUUUGGCAUCCUUGUGCAGAAGUGGGAGACCCCCUGGGCCAAGGUCUUUCCCAUCCGACUCAUGCUCCGCCUAGGGGCAGAAUACCGAUUCUACCCCUGCCCACUAUUUAGCGUUCGCUUCAGAAAACCCCUCUUUGGAGAGACUGGUCAUACCAUUAUGAACUUAUUGGCAGAUUUCCGGAACUACCAGUACACCUUGCCGGUGGUGAAGGGGCUGGUGGUGAACAUGGAAGAGAGGAAGACGUGCAUCAAGAUACCGAGCAACCGUUACAAUGAGCUCACGAAGGCUAUGAAUAAGUCAAACGAGCAUGUGCUGGCAAUGGGAGCGUGCUUCAACGAACGGGCGGAUUCCCAUCUUGUAUGUGUUCAGAACGACGAUGGAAACUACCAGACGCAGGCCAUCAGUAUUCAUCACCAGCCUCGCAAAGGUGCACCACGGACACUUGAAUUUGCAAAUGAAACCUUAAAGCCGUACCCACAGAUUUCACGCAUGACUGGGGCCUCCUUCUUUGUGUUCAGCGGAGCUUUAAAGUCUUCAUCGGGCUACUUGGCUAAGACCAGCAUUGUGGAAGAUGGCGUGAUGGUGCAGAUUACAGCUGAAACGAUGGAGGCCUUACGGCAAGCCCUGAGAGAGAUGAAAGAUUUCAGGAUUGCCUGCGGGAAAGCUGAUCAGGAGGAGAACCAGGAGCACGUCCAAAUCCAGUGGGUUGAUGAUGACCACAAUGUCAACAAGGGUGUGAUCAGCCCCAUUGAUGGAAAAUCCAUGGAGUCAGUCACAAGUGUUAAGAUCUUCCAUGGCUCGGAGCAUAAAGCCAAUGGGAAAGUCAUCCGUUGGACAGAGGUGUUCUUCCUGCGGAGUGAGGACCAGACCAAUGGUCUGAGCGAUCCUGCGGACCACAGCCGACUCACUGAGAAUGUGGCCAGGGCUUUCUGCAUGGCCCUGUGCCCUCACCUCAAACUUCUCAAAGAGGACGGCAUGGCCAAACUGGGCCUGCGGGUCACGUUGGGCUCAGAUCAGGUGGGCUACCUAGCAGGCAGUAACGGUCAGCCGCUGCUCCCCCAGUAUCUGAGUGAUCUAGACAGCGCCCUCAUCCCAGUGAUCCACAGCGGGGCCUGCCAGCUAAGUGAAGGGCCUGUGGUGAUGGAGCUCAUCUUCUACAUCCUGGAGAUCAUCUCCUAAAACGAGGGAAUCCGUCCAGUCUCAGACUCAUGCCUCCCUCUUCGCUCUCUUUCUCUCAUUUGCUAUUCAAAGAGCCUGAAAGCUGUGCAGGAACAAGUCCUCCAUACCACCUAUGCACCAUCUCCACUGGGACGCCCUCUGCCCAGCCUCGCUGAACGUGGUGCUCUCUUUCGUUUCUUCUCACCUCUCAACUCCACUGUGGAAACCAUAGGCCCUGUUGAGUCAAAAGGGGUGGCGACCCUGAAUUCGAUCUCUACAGAACCGUUGUAGCAACACUAAGCUCCUCAAACACAAGAGGGCGCUCUACACGCUCAGUCCUAAUGGAGACGACCGACAGAAGGGAAGGUGUGCACCAUGAAAUGGUUUCGGGUCACAGUGCAUGGGCCUCAAUAAGAAACGAAGAAUGAGUUUCAGUCUCGCCUCUAAGCUUUAUGAAUCACCAGAUGCUUUAUUUCAUGAAUAUGGACCUUAUUUUGUUUAAAACCGCUCCAAAGCUAAAAUGAUGUAGCUUCCUCAUUGAAGGGCUGCUUUGCAUGGUAGCGGAAAGAUUGUGGAACAGUAUUAGGAAUGUUGACGAUUGAGUUACUGUCAAGUAAUGUCAAGAACGGACCUCUGUUAUAGACUUUAUUAUUACAAAACAAUAAGAACCAAUGAUAAUUUCAAGCGGCCUUCAGGAAUUCAACUAGAACUUCAAGAUCCACAUAAUGGUAGGUUUUGACAUCACCGAAGGUCUCAGUCCAAGAAAGCUUUUACAGUGGAUUGGUUUGGAACAGGAUAGAGGAAGAAAUGUUACUGUUUCUCUGGGCCACUGCAUUUAGCAUCCCAUCCCCGUCCCAUAUCCCUUCUCAACUUUUUAGUGGUCCAUGUUUGUAUAAUGUUCUGCCAGUGUUUUAAACAUGUUAUCAUAUAAAGGAUUGUGUAAGGAUUAGCAAUGAAGUGCACGGGAUAUUAAGCCAUCAGUAGGAAAUAAAGAAGAAUGGAUUUACUAAAAUGUUAAUUUAAAGAUGAAUGUUAUAUUCACAGAUGAGAAAAGGUUGGACUUUGGUAUGUGGUUCCAAAAGCCCUUAAUUCAGCUAUCAGUGUAGGGUUCUUAAUGCCAUGAGUUUCUCAUAGUGUUAAAGGGAUAGUUCACACAAAAAUGAAUAUACUGUCAUUAAUCAUUCACCCUCAUGUUGUUCCAAACCUGUAAGACCUUCGUUCAUCUUCAGAACACAAGUGAAAAUAUUUUUGAUGAAUUCCGAGAGCUCUUUACACGAUCAAGGCUCAGAAGCGUAGCAGGGAUUUUGUUAAAAUAAUCCAUGUGACAUCAGUUGAUCAACCGUAAUUAACAACACUACACGAAUACUUUCUGUGCAACUUUAGCGAAUAAUGAUUUUAUUCAACAAUUCUUCUCCGAGUCACCCUAUAGCGCCAGUUUGGAGAGUAUCACGUACGUAAACAACGUAUGCAACAUAUCCAAGAAACUUACUUUUCAAAAUGGCACUAUAGGAUGACUUGUCGGAGACUAAUUGAAUGAUGUCAUUUAUUAGUUUUUUCUUUGCGCUCGAAAGGUAUUCUCGUAGCUUCGUAAAAUUACGGUUGAACCACUGAUGGAUUUUUUUACCGAUGUCCUUGCUACAUUUCUGAGCCUUGAUCAUGUAAGGAUCCUUGCUGUCUAUGGGAGGGUCAGAGAACUCUCGGAAUUCAUUCAAAAUAUCUUAAUUUGUGUUCCGAAGAUGAACUGAGGUCUUAAGUGUUAGGAACAACACAAGGGUAAGUAUUAAUGACAGAAUAUUCAUUUUUGAGUGCACUAUCCCUUUAAGGUGCAUUACAUUAGCUAAGUUAAUAUUCGGUUGUCAUUAGUAUUUAAUGUGUGAAGCAUAGCUCACAUAGAAAGCACUUUGAAAGCAAGCAACUUUAUGUUGGUCAACACAGGUUCUGCUGUGAAAUAUGCCGUCGCACAAAAUUCAUGAUUGCGUGGAUUCCUAAUGAAAUUACUGGAUUUUGCCUGUGAACAUUUGCUAAAGAACUCUAAAUGCGACUAUACCUUUACAUGCUUUAUGUCCUUUUAUAGGAAUAAUAUGCUUAAGCAGGGCUUCAGACUGCUUCUGGAAUAGUUGCAAAUGUGACAAAAUUAUUGAUAAUAUUAUCAGGAAAGUGAUUUUGGGUGGUUUUAUAUAAAGCCCUUUAAUGUACAUGGAGAAGGGGACAAAUUAGAAAGAUUAGAUUUAAUCAGAUUUAGCCAUUGACUCAUUCAGAGCUGUUACACAAUUUUGCAAACAUUUAUUGAGCUGCCAUGACUUUUUCAUGUUUAUGGGUUCAGUAAUUUGAAAACACAUUUCAAUUUAGCUAGUCUUGUUUAGUCUUGAGCCCUGCUUUAGUUUCCCUAAUUCCGGUUGAUGUAUCUUUUACUGAUGUGAUAUCAGGAUCCUUGAGAUCACUAACUUCAUAAGCAGGAUAUUAUUUUAAUCAUAUUUUUGUAUAGAUUUUUCACUCACACGGAGAAAGUUGAUUACUACUACAGUUAGCCAACUCAUUGUGGAACUCUCCCAAAACUGUAAACUACCAAUAUAAAGAGCUCUUCUCAUUCAGGAUGUCACUGUGGAUACCAUUUGAAGAGAAAAGGGCAUUUGCCUUAAAUUCAGAAGCUGAUGUUUAUCAUCAAGACAUAUUUCAAAGGUCUGGAUUGUCAAUCUGGGUGUUAUUAAAAUGACUUCAUCUGAAGUAUCUUGACUAUGACAAUCAAAUUCUAGUUAAUCUUUAGUCAGAUGACAAAGUAAAGGUGGGAUGGUAACAUAUUGUCCUGUUUUGCAUAAUAACUGAUAUGGUUGGUUGUUUGGUUCAGAUGGCCUCCGUUUGAUGAACGAGGACAGCAGCUGAUAUGAAGAUCCACAGCAAGUGAACCUCACAGCCCUUUAUUAACAGUUCAACAGUUGAGGCAUAAAUCAUGUGUUUCUGGCUUUUGGUGAAGAGCACCAACAGCCUUGGAAGCAGACGGUUCAUGAAAAAUAAAUGGCAUUUCAUGAAAGCUGCAUUGUUUUCCACUAACCCAGCUCAAAACAGCCUUUUGUUACUCCCUGUAUUCACCUUUGUCAUUGUUUUUCUACCUGUGCAGUAUUGUAUAUCUUGACAUUUAUAUAUUUUGUUAACCAUGGCCUUUUCCCGUGUAAUUUCUUUUUGUUGUGUUUUUUUUUGGACCAGCCCAAAGCGUGAUACAGCAUGCAUGCUGAAACCAAUGAGAACAUGUAGUUCUCGGAAAAUCUUUGCAUUUUGACAGCAUUUCAGAGGACAAUCUGCUUGAAAGAACAGUUUUACAUUCUGUUGAUUUGAUCUGUUAUGAAAGACUGUCUAAACCUGACAUGGGUGGAAUGGGAAUACAUUUGCAAUGUACGAAAAGGAAAAAAUACAACUUUUCUUUAUUGUACACUACAUAUGUCAAUAAAAGCAGUCUUUAUCAAA